AUGGCCGAUUGGGAUUCUGGACGUGCUUUGAGUAUGGGGGCCGACAACGUCAUCAGGCUGUGGGAUCUGAGUAGCGGCGAAAGCAUCCAGCACAUCGGUGGAGGUGAUUCUCUGCAGACCGUACAGGUCAACUGGACAUCUGGGCAGGCUUUGACUGCGCAUGGGCGUGGUGACAUGAAGCUGUGGGACCUCGCCUCCGGCAAGGUAGUCAAGCAUAUCUCGUCACCCGUCUCCAGCGCCACUCUUUGUAUGAUAGUUGACUGGCCUUCCGAGCGUGUCCUUAGUACUCUAUCCGAUGGUGCGCUCCAGGUCUGGGAUUUGCAGCAGGGCAGAGUAAUCCAGGAAUGGUAUGGCCACGGCGAGCCUGUGUCAUGCCUGACUGCGAAUUGGGAGAAGAAUUAUGCUAUGACCGCCGCUUAUGACAAAACUGUCAGGCUUUGGGACAUCCUCAGCGAGGUCAUUACCGAAUUCCAGGGCCACCGCCUGCCGCUCAUGGGCGUGCACGUGAACUGGGACAGCCAGCGUGCCCUCAGCCUGGGUGGCGACAACGCGCUGCGGUUCUGGGACCUGGAGUCUGGCGACUCGCUUCGCGUGCUGGAGGGGCACAUCGGUGCGGUGUCUUGCGCAGCAGUGAGGUGGGAGUGA